AUGGGGCCGGGUGUUCCCCCUCCCCCCUCUUGCCCUCUGUUGCUUCUACUGCUGCGGCCGACCUCGUUGGUUUCGAGUCGGUCGGCGCUGCGUCUGCCCCGAGCGGGAGACGCCGCACCGGCAAGGGCAAGGGGGGCAAGGGCGCUGGAGGGGCUGGCAGGGGCGGUGGAGGUGGUGGUGGAGGCAGUGGAGGGGGUGGGGGUGGGGGUGGGGGUGGUGGUGGGAGUGGUAGCGCUGGUGGAGGUGUCGGUGGCAGCAAUGGAGGCGGAGGAUGCGGCGGCGGUGGCGGAGGGAGCGGAGGCGGCGGAGGUGGUGGAGGCGGCGGAGGCGGCGGAGUUGGCGGAGGCGGCGGUGGCAGCAGUGGACCUGGUCGCGGCUCCGCACAGAGGAGUGGGUCCGGUGGUGGUCCGCGCCAGGAGCAGCAGCGCAGUCGUGAGACCCUGUCCCCUCAGCAGCUUCGUGAGUGGUACGCUGCGCGUUAGCGCGGUGGGGGUACUGGUCCCUGCACCUACGUUCUCUGUACCGGUGACCGCGCUGGUGAGCAGUGCGGGGGCCCGCACUCCACCCAGCGCUGCUUCGGCCGCCUGA